AUGGAUCAUACAGGUAGCAUAGUAACAUAUUUCGUGGAGAGAGACUCCAAACAAUACCCAGGUAGCAUAGUAACAUAUUUCGUGAGGAGAGACUCCAAACAAUACCCAGGUAGCAUAGUAACAUAUUUCGUGAGGAGAGACUCCAAACAAUACCAAGGUAGCAAAGUAACAUAUUUCGUGAAGAGAGACUCCAAACAAUACCCAGGUAGCAUAGUAACAUAUUUCGUGAGGAGAGACUCCAAACAAUACCCAGGUAGCAUAGUAACAUAUUUCGUGAAGAGAGACUCCAAACAAUACCCAGGUAGCAUAGUAACAUAUUUCGUGAGGAGAGACUCCAAACAAUACCCAGGUAGCAUAGUACCAUAUUUCGUGAGGAGAGACUCCAAACAAUACCAAGGUAGCAUAGUAACAUAUUUCGUGAAGAGAGACUCCAAACAAUACCCAGGUAGCAUAGUAACAUAUUUCGUGAAGAGAGACUCCAAACAAUACCCAGGUAGCAUAGUAACAUAA